AUGGCGAAGAAGCUGGGGAAGAAGGCGCGCAAGUUCGCGCGCAAGAACCUGCAGUCCGCCGCCAAGCGCAACCGCAAGAUCCGCAACCAGUUCAACCACCGCCGCGGACCCCGCAGAGGCGAGUCUCUGCCCCCCACGCUUCUCACCUGCGCUUGCUUGUUUGGCUGUGGGAGAGCCGGCCGGGAGGAUGGAGACGAGGACGUGCCGCAGCGGGUCCACGAUUCCACCAUGGUCACCAAUGAUGAAGAUGCUACUUUGAUCCAUGGCUUGGAGUUUCCAGAUGAUGAUGCUGAACUAGAUGCUGAUCUGUCUGACAGUGAUGGUUAUCUAUCUGAGGAUCCUGGAUGUCCAUACUAUUCUGACAGCGAGGAUGAGAAAGCUGAUAAAGAUUGUAUCUUGGAAGAUGGUUUGGACAGACAGAACGAUGACAUGAAUCGGGAUAUCAAAAAGCAAAAGAAAAAGUUGAAGAAGUUGCUGGAUAAGGACCCUGAAUUUGCAAAUUUCCUUGAAAAAUGGCAGUCGGAGUUGGAGAGCUACAGAAGUAAAGAAGACUCUGAUGAAGAUGGAAUGGAUUCUAUGGAUGAUGAUGAUGACUCCAAUGAUGGAAAUUCCCCAAAUGCUAAGAUUUUAUUUCGCUUGUGGGCAAGUGGUGAUCAGAGCUUGUCUCUGUCAGCAUUUCUUAUGAUCCGAGAAGUAGCUUCACUGUUACCUGACUGUUUGGAUCUCUGUUUAACUAAAUCCUACAAUACAUACCUUGCCAGUACCAAGCUUGUGAAUGACAGAAACACAAAGCAUAUUUAUUUUCUGAUUGACUGUCUGGUAGAGCUGUAUUCUCUUGAUGUUCAGAAAUCGUAUGAGAGGGCAGUAACCUCCGUGGAGCAACUGAAUGCUAUUCUUAGACAGGCUUCUAAAACCAAGGAAAAGGAAGAUCUCAGAAAGAUAGAUAACUGGCAAUAUAUUAAUUGUGUCAACCUAUGGGUUCGGUUUCUGUGUUGUCACUACAAGGAUUACAAUCUCCAUCCCUUAUUUUCUGAAGUUCUUCAAGUAAUAAGAGGAGUGGCUCACUUAUUCCGAGGCACAAGGUACUUACCGUUGAGACUGAGGCUUGUGCAGAUGCUGAACGAGCUUUCCUCCUGCAGUCAGAUGUUCUAUCCAAUUCCAUCGUUGCUAUUUGACUGCCUAGAAUUCAGAGAAGUCUCUCAGAAAGAACAAACACAAAGAACAAAGAUCAACUUCUCAUCGCUGUUGAAGGUGCCAAAGAACCUGCUGAAAUCAAGGGAUUUCCAAGAGGAGUGCGUUCUUUCAGCGAUUCAGGUUCUAUCAGCACAUUUUGCCCAGUGGAGCUACCAUGUUUCCUUCCCAGAAGUAGCCACCAUUCCUCUUUUCCUCUUGAAAAAGCUACACGAGCAGACAACAAUUGAACCACUUCACCGUCCUAUUAAGCGAUUAAUAGACCAGGUGACUGAGAACAAGGAUUUUAUUGAAAGGAAAAGAGAGGUGGUAUCCUUCUCACCAAAUGACAAGGCAUCAGUUGAUAGCUUCCUUCAGGAGGAGAAAGUCAGCAGAAACACUUCAUUCACUCGAUUUUAUGCAUCAGUAGCUGAAAACUGUCAACCAAAAGGUAAUAUUGUACAGUACUUAAUAAACAGCAUCACCACACUUCUUAUUUACCAAGCCAUUGACACUGUUGCUCGGAUGCAGGGAGAAAAACACUUUAAAAUGCCAAGGGAAUUUCUGAGAGCCAUCUGGAAUUGGUUGGCCUCCAAGUGA